ACUGCCGUUUUGAUUUUGACAAAAAGUACGCAAUUUAAUAUAUCAGAGAAAAAAGCAGGCACCACCCUUUUGUUUCUUCCAUAUUCUCUCCCAUUUCCGUGAUUUGCAGUUCGCGGAAGCGGAAGCCAUGGGAGCGGACGGAGGAAGCUCGGCACCCAGUUUUUUUUAAAGAAAUUUGAAUUGAAGAGGAAGAAGACAAUGCUUCAUUGCCUGUAAUUCGUAUGUGCGGCCAAAGAUUGAACCAAACUGUUCGAGGGAAGGAAAAAAAUUAAAAGUGGGAAAAGAAAUGUUUGGGGAUUGGGUGGUGGAGUGCAGUAAUCCAGGCAUGAAAAGAUCAAAACCGCAUUAACUUCUCAUUUAUUGCUUUCACCUACGCUUUUCCCAAUGUCAGAAGUUGUAGUUUCGGCAUUUAAGUCUCUCUUCUCUUUCUCUUUCCCUCUCAUCCAUCUUCUUCCUUCUUCUUUCCAUUUCUCUGUUAUUUCUUCUUCCCAGCAGCGAUUCCCAUGAUUCCCUUUUUUCUAAUCGGAAGCAAGAGGUGCGAGAAGAGGACGGAGGUUUAAUGGGUAGUUUUGUGGCUUCUGAAUAUGAAUUGGGUUGUCUUCUCCUGCUCGAAUCUGAGGUUUAAUGGGUAUGUUUUCUCGAAAAGGAUGAGGAACUGACUGCAUUUUAAAUUUCUUGGGAUUUGAAGAAGAAAUGAGUGAAUUAAUGGGUUUCUCGGAUGUUGAUUUUUGAAUUAUGUGCUGUAGGAGUUUCUUUAAUCUCUCUGUCUAGCUGAACUUUGCUUGCUCUGAUUUUCUUCUUGUUUAUGUAAUUUGUGAUGCUUUUCUGUUUGUUCAUGGAACACUUGGAGAUGAGAUUGUUGUUGAAUUCUUGAGUGAUUGGUUUGGUCUGUAAUGGGGUUGUUCUUGUUGGUGGAUUUGGUACUUUUGUUGUUGAAGAAGAUGUAUGUUUGGAAAGCUGGAUUGUUUGUAGAAUUGGUUGUUUUUGCAGAUAUGUGUUUGUUGGUGUCUGGUUUAGGUUCAAUGUCUUCUGUUGCUGUUUCUUAUGGUGAGAAAGGGCCUGUUUUCUGUGGUUUAAAGUCAGAUGGGUCUCAUCUUGUGAGUUGCUUUGGUUCAAAUUCAGCCAUAACUUAUGGAACCCCUUCUCAUUUCCCAUUCAUUGGUCUCACUGCUGGUGAUGGCUUUGUUUGUGGGCUUCUUUUGGAUUCCAACCAACCUUAUUGUUGGGGAAGCAGUGGGUAUGUUCAAAUGGGUGUUCCUCAGCCCAUGAGCAAAGGAGCUCAAUACUUGGAAAUCAGUGCCGGUGAUUACCACCUCUGUGGACUCCGAACGCCUCUGACUGGACGGCGUAGGAACACAUCUUUUGUUGAUUGUUGGGGUUACAACAUGACCAGAACCUUUGCAUUUGAUGGCCCGAUCGAAUCGAUCUCGGCAGGUUCUGAGUUCAACUGUGGGCUGUUUUCUCUUAAUAGAACUGUUUUCUGUUGGGGUGAUGAGACGAGCAGCCGGGUAAUCACCUUGGUACCUAAAGAUAAGAGGUUUCAAAAGAUUGCAUCUGGUGGAUAUCAUGUUUGUGGGAUUUUAGAGGGCGCGAAGGCGAGAGCCUUCUGUUGGGGAAGGAGCUUAGACAUUGAAGAAGAGAUCUCAGUUGCAUAUUCAGGUGAAGGAAAUGUGGACUUGGUUCCAGUUGAUCCUUUAGACUCUGUUGUUGGGGGCAAAUUCCAUGCUUGUGGAAUCAAGAGCUUGGACCGUGGUGUGAUUUGUUGGGGUUUUACGGUCAAACCAAGUACUCCGCCACCGGAGAGGAUUAAAGUUUAUGACAUUGCAGCUGGAGAUUACUUCACUUGUGGAAUUCUAGCUGAAAAAUCUCUCUUGCCUGUUUGCUGGGGCCUCGGAUUUCCUACUUCUCUACCUUUAGCUGUCUCGCCUGGAAUCUGUAAAGCAACUCCUUGUGCUCCCGGUUUCUACGAAAUUAGCCAAGACAGCGCUCGGUGCAAGUCGCCAGGCUUUCAUGUGUGCAUGCCCUGCAGCACUGCUUGCCCUCCUGAGAUGUACCAAAAAUUUGAGUGCACCUUAAAAUCUGACAGACAAUGUGAAUAUAACUGUUCAAUUUGCUUUUCUGGUGAAUGCAUCUCAAACUGUUCAUCCAUGUAUAAAAAUAGUAUGAUGGGGAAGAAAACUGAGAAGUUCUGGUCAAUGCAGCUCCCAGUUCUUGUAGCUGAGAUUGCUUUUGGUGUGUUUUUGGUAGCUAUUGUGUCUUUAACUGCAAUCUUAUACGUUCGGUACAAGUUACGGAACUGCCAUUGCUCGGGAAAGGAGUUGAAGUCCAAGAAAAGUAAAGGGAAUGCCUCUUCCUUCCAGAAGGAGAACUACAAAAUACGCCCUGACUUAGACGAGCUGAAAAUAAGGAGGGCUCAGAUGUUCACCUAUGAAGAACUUGAGAGAGCGACGUGCGGGUUUAACGAAGAGUCCAUUGUGGGAAAGGGAAGUUUCUCCUGUGUUUUUCGAGGUGUUUUGAAGGACGGGACAGUCGUUGCGGUCAAAAGGGCUAUAAUGUCUCCCAACAUGCAGAAGAAUUCAAAAGAGUUUCACACUGAACUUGACUUGCUCUCAAGAUUAAACCAUGCCCAUCUGCUUAAUCUGCUUGGUUAUUGUGAAGAAGGUGGAGAGAGGCUUCUAGUUUAUGAAUUUAUGGCUUAUGGUUCCUUGCAUCAGCACCUCCAUGGCAAGAACAAUGCCUUGAAAGAGCAAUUAGAUUGGAUAAGAAGGGUCACAAUUGCAGUCCAAGCAGCUAGGGGAAUCGAAUACUUGCACGGCUAUGCUUGUCCUCCCGUCAUUCAUCGAGACAUCAAGUCGUCGAACAUUCUCAUCGAUGAAGAGCAUAAUGCUCGAGUCGCUGAUUUCGGCUUGUCAUUGUUGGGACCGACCGAUAGUAGCUCUCCAUUAGCAGAGCUACCAGCUGGGACUCUAGGCUAUCUCGAUCCCGAAUACUAUAGACUCCAUUACCUCACAACCAAGUCUGAUGUCUAUAGCUUUGGUGUUUUGCUACUAGAAAUUCUCAGUGGUAGGAAAGCCAUCGAUAUGCAAUAUGAAGAAGGGAACAUAGUAGAAUGGGCAGUGCCUCUGAUCAAAUCAGGAGACAUCUCUGCAAUUCUAGAUCCGAUAUUGAAACCGCCUUCCGAUAUCGAGGCCCUGAAGAGGAUUGCAAACGUAGCGUGUAAAUGUGUGAGAAUGAGAGCGAAGGAGAGGCCAUCAAUGGACAAAGUGACGACCGCGCUAGAGCGUGCGCUUGCCCAGUUAAUGGGAAGCCCGUGUAACGAACAGCCAAUCUUACCAACCGAGGUCGUCUUAGGGAGCAGUAGACUGCACAAGAAGUCAUCUCAAAGAUCAUCAAACCGUUCCGCGUCGGAAACGGAUAUAGCAGAAGCUGAGGAUCAAAGGUUCGAGUUCAGAGCCCCGUCGUGGAUCACAUUCCCAAGUGUGACGUCGUCCCAACGGCGGAAAUCAUCAGUCUCAGAAGCAGAUGUUGAUGGGAAGAACUUGGAAGCAAGAAAUGUAGGGAAUUGUGGAGGUGUGGGGGAUGGUUUGAAGAGUUUAGAGGAAGAGAUUGGACCUGCUUCCCCUCAGCAAAAGCUGUUCUUGGAGCAUAAUUUCUAAAAAGCAAAGCACACCCAAAAGGGAAAAGUUUCCAAAACCUUGGUUUUUAUUGGAGGAUUGUGAACUCUCUCUCUCUCUUCUUCUCUCUCCUCUCCUCUCUCUUGUGAAAAGGAGAAAGAAUGAGGGAGAGAAAGAAUGAGAUUCAAUUCAACAUUAAAUUCUUGGUCUCAUCUGAGCUCUAAGCUGUUCUCUAUGAUUCAAAAUUCCUGUUGCUUUUU